AUGUCGGUAAGAAAUCGUACGGCAUCUGGUCCCGACAGAAUAAGACCAGAACACCUGAAGAGCCUUCCGCCAAUACUCAUCAACACCCUGGCGAGGCUCUUUACACGUUAUCUGUCGGAAUGCAAGGUUCCUAAACAGUGGAAGACCUGCAAGACCGUGUUGUUGUAUAAAAAAGGAGAUCCACAUGACAUCUACAAGCUCUUUACAAGAGUAAUCCUUAAUAGGAUUGAAAAAGUCUUGGAUGAAGGACAGCUAUGCGAGCAAGCAGGGUUUCGAAAAGGAUUCAGCACGAUUGACCACAUUCACACUGUUUCGAAACUCAUCGAAGUAUCACGAGAGUACAAGAUGCCGCUCUGUCUCACCUCCAUCGACUUAAAGAAGGCCUUCGACUCAGUUGAGACGGAAGCGGUCGUGGAAGCCUUGGACAACCAAGGCGUCCCUACUCAGAACAUAAAGGUACUUCGAGAGUUGUACAGUAACUUCACGACCGGAAUUUCGCCAUUCUACAAGAAGAUCAUCAUUGACGUGAAGAGGGGGGUCCGACAGGGUGAUACAAUUUCACCCAAAAUAUUCACAGACACCCUCGAGAACGCAAUGCGAAAGUUGGAAUGGGACGACAUGGGAGUGAAGGUUGAUGGUCGGCAGCUACACCAUUUGCGCUUUGCUGAUGACAUCGUACUGAUAACAUCCAGCAUCAGCCAAGCGGAACGAAUGCUGACCGAAUUCGACGAAACAUGUGGAUGCAUCGGUCUUCAGCUGAAUCUACAAAAGACGAUGUUCAUGCGGAACGGAUGUGUUGCGGAUGCCCCAAUCACGCUCAACAAAAUGAACAUAUCCGAAUGCACCAGCUACGUUUAUCUGGGUCGGGAAUUGAACAUGAUGAACGACCUGACUCCCGAGCUGGGCAGGAGGAGAAGAGCGGCUUGGGAAGCGUACAAGAGCAUCGAGGAUGUAGUGAAGAAGACCAGGAAUACCACCAAUACCACAAAUAUAUGCUCACCUCUUCAACACCACCGUACUUCCUGCUUUGACCUAUGCUUCGGAAACCUGGGCAUUUCGCAAGCAGGAAGAAAACGCGGUGAGCGUCAUUGA